CCCAGGCCCGGGAGGCCCGGAUGGAGGACGCUGGCGGGCGCCUCGGGGCCCGGGGAAUGUGAAGCGCGCUCGGAGGCUGUUCCGGGGCCGGGCCUGCGCCGGGCGCCGUCUUCCGCUGGGCUGCGUGCGCCAUGGGCGGCAAGAACAAGAAGCACCGGGCGCCGGGCGCCGCGGCGGUGCGCGCCGCCGUGUCCGCCUCCAGAGCCAAGGCCGCCGAGGCCGGAGCCGCCCCCGAGGCCCAGACCAAGAAGCCCGUGGCCAGGCCGCCCGCCGCCGCCGGCCCCCGGGAGCCCCGCGUCAAGCCAGGUCCGAAGAUUUACAGUUUUAACUCCGCAAAUGAUUCUGGUGGUCCUGCAAAUCUGGAUAAAUCUAUUUUGAAAGUGGUGAUCAAUAACAGCCUGGAGCAAAGGGCAAUCGGGGUGAUCAAUGAGCACAGGAAGCAGAACAGUGACAAGGGAGUGACUUCUGGAAGACUCACUGCCAAAAAGUUACAGGACCUGUACAUGGCUCUGCAAGCGCUCUCCUUCAGGACCAGCGACAUCGAGGACGCCAUGAGCCACACGCUCCUGCAGGGCGGCGACCUGCACUCCGCCCUGGACUGGCUCUGCCUGAACCUCUCCGACGACUCGCUUCCUGAGGGCUUCAGCCAGGAGUUUGAGGAGCAGCAGCCCAGAAGCAGGCCGAAGUUCCAGCCUCCUGCAGGACCAGCCGCUGUGUUGCCCCCAUUGCACCCCAACACCGGCACACAGGGGAAGGACCCUAAGAGUCAGCCAAGAAAGGAAGAAAAAAAUACGGAAGUGAACGUGAAAGAAUGGAUUUUGCGGUAUGCUGAACAGCAGGACGAAGAGGAAAAGAGUGAAAAUUCUGAAAGUUUGGAAGAGGAGGAGAAGUUCGACCCUAACGAAAGGUACCUGCACAUUGCCGCAAAACUUCAGGACGCGAAGGAGCAGGCGGCCACCUUUAAGCUGGAGAAAAACAAGCAAGGACAACGGGAGGCCCAGGACACAGUCAGGAAGUUUCAGAGAGAGAUGGAGACCUUGGAAGACCACCCAAUGUUCGACCCGGCUCUGAAGGCCUCACAGCGGCAGCGGGACAGGAAAAAGCCUCCAGUGGCCGCAGGGGGGGAGAGCGCUUUGAACUUCAAUUUGUUUGAGAAGUCUGCAGCUGCUACUGAAGGAGAGAAAGAGAAAAGGAAGGAAACUCGGGACGUUCGGAAUCUCGACUACACGGCUCGGAGCUGGACCGGGAAGUCCCCCAAACAGUUUCUCAUCGACUGGGUCAGGAAGAACCUUCCCAAGAGCCCGAACCCCUCCUUUGAGAAAGUUCCAGUAGGUCGAUACUGGAAAUGCAGGGUGAGGGUGGCCAGGUCCGAGGAGGACGUGCUGGAGGUGUGCCCCACCAUCCUGACGGAGGACGGCAUGCAGGCCCAGCACCUGGGGGCCACGCUGGCGCUCUACCGGCUGGUGAAAGGCCAGUCGGUUCAUCAGUUACUUCCGCCCACCUACCGCGAUAUCUGGCUGGAGUGGAGCGAUGCAGAAAUGAAGAAGGAGGAGUUGAGUAAAAUGGAAACCAACAGACCACGCGACCUGUUCAUUGCCAAGCUUCUGAACAAAGUGAAGCAGCAGCAGCAGCAGCAGCAGCAGCAGGUGCGCUCCGACAGCAGGAGGGAGCGCUCCGAGGACCCCGAGGAGUCCUGGGAGAACUUGGUCUCCGAUGAGGGCUUUUCGGCACCGCCCUUGGAGCCGGAGGCGCCGGAAGACCUGGAGCCGGUCAGAGCGCUCUUCAGAAAGCUGCGGGGCACACCCAAGUACCAGCGGCUGCUCCAGGAGCGGCGGCAGCUGCCCGUGUUCCGGCACAGGGAGGCCAUCGUUCACGCUCUCAAGAGGCACCGGGUGGUGGUGGUGGCCGGCGACACGGGCAGCGGGAAGAGCACGCAGGUCCCGCACUUCCUCCUGGAGGACUUGCUGCUGGCGGAGUCGGGGACGCGCCGGUGCAGCAUCGUCUGCACCCAGCCCCGCAGAAUCUCAGCAGUGAGCUUAGCCACCAGGGUGUGUGACGAGCUGGGCUGUGACGGCGGACCUGGAGGGCGGGACUCCCUGUGUGGGUACCAGAUCCGGAUGGAGUCUCGGGCUGGCGAGUCCACCCGGCUGCUCUACUGCACCACAGGGGUUUUGCUGAGGAAGCUUCAGGAGGACGGCCUGCUGACCAGCGUGUCUCAUGUCAUUGUGGACGAGGUUCACGAGAGAAGUGUCCAGUCGGACUUCUUACUGGUCAUCCUGAAGGAGAUUUUGCAGAAGCGCUCCGACCUGCAUCUGAUCCUGAUGAGCGCCACUGUGGACAGCGACAAGUUCUCCGCUUACUUCACACACUGCCCCAUCCUCAGAAUUUCAGGAAGAAGUUACCCCGUCGAGGUUUUUUAUCUGGAAGAUAUAAUAGAAGACACAGGGUUUGUACUGGAGAAAGACUCAGAAUAUUGUCAGAAAUAUCUGGAGGAAGAAGAGGAAAUAACCAUUCGUGUUACCGGCAAAGCAGGGGGAGUGCAGAAGUGUCAGGAGUACAUCCCGACUCAGACGGAGGCAGGCGCGGGUUUCAACCCCUGCUACCAGAAGUACAGCAGCCGCACUCAGCACGCUCUUCUCCACGCCAACCCUCAGAAGGUCAACCUGGACCUCCUGGUGGAGCUUCUCGUGCACCUGGAGAGGAGUCCCCGGUUCCGAGACACGGAAGGAGCCGUGUUGAUCUUCCUGCCCGGCCUGGCCCACAUCCAGCAGCUGCACGACCUCCUGUGCACUGACAGGAGGUUUUCUUCUGAGCGAUACAAAGUGAUAGCUCUGCAUUCCAUUCUUUCAACCCAAGACCAAGCCGCGGCCUUCACACUCCCGCCUCCAGGAGUCAGGAAGGUCGUUCUCGCCACCAACAUCGCAGAGACCGGCAUCACCAUUCCAGACGUCGUGUUUGUGGUCGACACCGGCAGGACGAAAGAGAAUAAGUACCACGAGAGCAGUCAGAUGAGCUCCUUGGUGGAGACGUUUGUCAGCAAGGCGAGCGCGCUGCAGCGCCAGGGCCGGGCCGGGCGGGUCCGCGACGGGGUCUGCUUCCGGAUGUACACGAGGGAGAGGUUCGAAGGCUUCAUGGACUAUUCUGUUCCUGAAAUCUUACGUGUGCCUCUGGAGGAGUUGUGUCUUCAUAUCAUGAGGUGCAACCUGGGCUCUCCCGAGGAUUUCCUCUCCAAGGCCUUGGACCCCCCUCAGCCUCAAGUAAUCAGCAACGCGAUGCACCUGCUGCGAAAACUUGGUGCUUGUGAGCCGAACGAGCCUAAGCUGACUCCCCUGGGCCAGCACCUCGCAGCCUUGCCCGUGAACGUCAAGAUCGGCAAGAUGCUCAUCUUCGGAGCCAUAUUUGGCUGCCUGGACCCCGUGGCGACGCUCGCCGCGGUCAUGACGGAGAAGUCCCCCUUCACCACCCCGAUCGGGCGGAAAGAGGAGGCGGACCUGGCCAAGGCGGCGCUGGCCGUGGCGGACUCCGACCACCUGACCAUCUACAGGGCGUACCUGGGGUGGAAGAAGGCGCGGCAGGAAGGCGGCUACCGCUCUGAGAUGGCGUACUGCCGGAGGCACUUUCUCAGCCGGACCUCGCUGCUGACGCUGGAGGACGUAAAGCAGGAGCUGAUAAAGUUGGUGAGGGCGGCGGGGUUCUCACCACCCGCACCUGCUGGCGGCUGGGAAGGCGGCAAGGCGGUGCAGGCCCUUUCCUUCCAAGAGACCGCCCUCCUGAAAGCCGUCCUGGCCGCCGGGCUCUACGACAACGUGGGGAGGGUCGUCUGUGCGGAGUCGGUCGAUGUCACGGAGAGACUGGCCUGCGUCGUGGAGACUGCCCAGGGCAAAGCACAAGUGCACCCGUCCUCCGUGAACCGGGCCCUGCAGACCCGCGGCUGGAUCCUGUACCAGGAGAAGGUGCGGUAUGCCAGAGUGUACCUGAGAGAGACCACGCUGAUCUCCCCUUUCCCGGUGCUGCUCUUCGGCGGCGACAUUGCGGUCCAGCACCGGGAGCGCCUGCUCUCCGUGGACGGCUGGAUCUACUUUCAGGCCCCCGUGAAGGUAGCCGUCAUUUUCAAGCAGCUCCGAGUUCUCAUCGAUUCUGUCCUCAGGAAAAAGCUUGAAAACCCCAAGAUGUCCCUUGAAAAUGACAAGAUCCUACAGCUCAUAACAGAGCUGAUAAAGACAGAGAACAGCAACUGAACCGACGCCCGUGGCCGCCUGCUGCGGAAACACAGAUGAAGGUGCGGUCAUGGACUGACUUGACAGCAGGCCGUCCCCCUGUGAGGUCUCUCCAUCCCGACGGUGGCGGCGUGGGCUGGCGCAGGGGCAGCGGGGGACGCGCCCUCCUUCCACACCUGUGAUUCCCACUUCCCUUCCAGUGACGAUGUCACUCGGUGCAUCUGCUGCUGCGCUCACAACAAGCCCUUGGGGGCCACCCACUGUGCGCGCCCCUUUGUGCCUUACGGGUGGGGCCUGCUCUGGGGUGCCUGUGACUUGGUGUCGGGAGCCCCCGUGCACCCCCCCGCCGCACCCUCCAGUGCCAGCCCCUGGAGAGUUGGCACCUCCCUGACGCAGAGAGAAAGUGGCCCCAGACCAGCUGCAGUCAGACAUCUGUGAGCGGGCACGGCUGCAGAGGUGGGCCCUCCAGCACGCGACCCCCCGAGUCCACACCUGAGCAGCCACUCAAGUCCUAGGCACUGGGCCUGAGCCUGAAGGCACCUGCGCCGUGCGGGUGGCAGUGCCACCUGGGAGCACAUAGUAGGUACUCAGUGUUUCUUGAUGAAUAAAGUUUUAUU